GAGGCAGUGAGUGCUUGGAAGGUCCCCUUCCUAGACACGCCAUGGCUGCACGGACUGUCCCCCACGCCUACCCCAUGAGUUCGGAGUACGAGUUUGCCAACCCUAGCAAGAUCUACGACCAAAACUUUGGAGAAGGUGUGUCCCCAUGUGAGAUUUUAGCCCCUGCCCUGUACCAUGGCUACUACAUCAGGCCUCGAAUCAAUAAGCAGUUGGAUCGAGGCACCUCUGAGAUCAGCCUCAACGAGCACAAAUUCCAGGUGUUCCUGGAUGUUUGUCACUUCCUGCCGGAUGAGCUCACUGUCCGCACCGUAGACAACCUGCUGGAGGUGAUGGGGCAGCACCCACAGAAGGCUGACCGUCAUGGCUUCAUCUCCCGAGAGUUCACCAGGACCUACAUCCUCCCUCUGGAUGUCGACCCCUUGCUGGUGAGAGCCACAUUGUCCCAUGAUGGCAUCUUAAGCAUUGUGGCUCCCCGGACAGGAAAGGAGGUGAAGGCCAGAGUCAACGAGGUGAAGAUAACCCAACAGGAGCAGCCAGUGGGGAAAGAAGAACAGUCCGAGGAAGCAAAAGGGAAGGAAGAGUCCUAAAGGGCAGAUCUGGGCUUGCACAGGGAAGGCGGGGGGGAAAGGGGUGGGGAAUCCAUGGUGCCAGAUCCUUAUUUCUCACCAUCAGUGUCUAGCAGGGCUGUGAGGCAGCCAUAUAUAUGCCAGACUUCUGCAUCUUAAGACUGAUGGCUGGAAAAAGGGACUUGGAACUGAAAAAAGAGGGGGCUAAAGUUUUAGUGUGAGGGACUGUAAUGCAAGUUUUCUCCUAGGUGAAGUGCUCAUUGAGCACCAUGCAGGGUGCUCUUCUCUCACCCCAAAUGGCAAGGGUCACUUUUACCCUAAACUGUGAGGCUAUGUCCUAGUGGACUGUUAAGCAGCCACUGUGCUCUAGCCCAGAAGGGUACUGGGAAGAAGGAAGAGAUGAUCCCAGUGCCAUGCUUCUGAGAUGGUGGCUGACCUCUGUGGAGAUGGAAGGUGCUUGUUGGUCUGUAAAAGUGCCUGCAGCUCUCAGGAGGAAAGAGGAAUAAAUCUGCCUCUGAUCUUCUCUUGUUUGCCUUGGA